CCAUUUCUGGUUUGCUUUGAUGUAUGCGCCAUGCACGUCCGGACUAGACUUAGGCGCGGUAUGUCUGGACGCUAUGCCACUUGAAAUGCCAAGACAAACGGAAUUCCUAAGACAAAAAUGUUCCGUCUUUAUGAGGACGUUUGAGAAUUUGAUAUAACAAAAGAUUUUCUGUUAUAGUUCUUGAUUUGUGUGAUAGUUGGCUUUUUAAGUUGGUAAACUUUCAAGAGCAGUCGAAGUCCCCGGAUUUUUUUGUACCGGGUGUAGGUCAGAAUGAUUCCCAAGUAAGAAUUGAUGGAAAAGAUUUUCUUAAUCGACAUGCAUUAUAUUUAAUGAAAUUAUAGCAAGUAUGUAUAUGAUAAUGUAUUCAUUAAUAUGCAUGGAACGUUUAUGUUCCUAGAAAGUCCUUAAUGUUAAAAUUUCAGACACUCCUAUAAUUAAAUAUUAGUUUUAACAUUCACUAACUAUAAUUAGCUUUAAAUUAACCUUUACUUCUCAUUUACGGAACAAGAAAAUAUUUCUAAUUGGAUUAACUGUUUCCAGUUUAAUUAAAAUGUAUUUUUGCGUUUUAUACAAAUAUGUACAUAUUCUUAUAAUACAUUGCAGUAAACAAAAUAUUCACAAGGAAUUAUAUUCCAGUGACAACAAAACAGACGCUUUAAAAAAUUACAAUAAAAGUAAUGGCAUUACAUGGAGAAAAGUAAAAUGAAUCUUCCACGAUCUUUUUGAAAGUAGGCGAUUGAAGUUAGGUAAAAAAAAUAUCUAGUUUCAAUGGCGUAGGAAGAGGACAUUUAAAAAUCCAAUAUAUCGGAAAAUUGGUUCAAUGAUUUGUUCUGGUUUAUUCGUAGGCUCUGCAGCACUCGGUAUAUGCAGUCUACUGGAGUCUGCUGGCGUCCAGUGGCGUCUACGCCGUCUAUCGAGAGGCGCCAGUACCCGUGAGCCACCAGUGCUCGAUUCGCCGGCUUUCCAGUCCUGACACGCGGCUAGGGACUUUUGGCCCGAUCGACUGGCAGACUCCUCACAACAGUGUCCACUUUCUAACAUGGCAGAUCAAUUUGUGUUGUAUUAUCAUGUGACGGAGAAAGGCUCUCAUCGAUAAAGUGAUUUGUGCGUGAACUUUAUUGAAAAACCUCGCGAGGAAAUUUCUGAAAAAAUCAUCCUCGCGAUGGCGGACUUAACGAGUCCACCGUUCAGUGACAUUAAACGGCCCGAGGAGGUGGUGGCGAUGGCGAUGAACGACAGCCUUAAAUUUGCCGUGUUGAUCGGGCUAAUCGAGGUGGGACAGAUGUCGAAUCGCGAGGUCGUCAACACCGUUCUUCAUUUGGGUCGAUACAAUAGCGGAAUUCAAGCAGCGCGAGAAUGUACAUACAUUUUUGAGGAGCCUCCCACAGUCCAUCGACUCGCGAUUCAUGGAGGAAGCUACACGGUGGGAUUAUUUGAACGUAACGCUGCACUUUUAAUCAUGCAUUCAGAUAAGAGGAUUAGCGUAACCCUCGUCUAAACCUCGAAACCAGAACCGAAUAUCCCUGGCAAUUCGAUAUUUCUUCUUUUGUCUUUUUUACCUCGAAACCUUUACCCUUCACGUCACUCGCAGACGAGCACGAUUUUAGGUUAUCAAUUUUAUCGAAUUUUGAUAUUUCAAUCAAAGCUUGAAAAUAUUCUGCGAAGAAUGCGAGAUGUCUCAGCUGGUCUGUCUAGAAUAUAUUUUUACUGAAAAGGAAACCGCGUGAAAAGUUAUUCAAUGGCAGAAGCGCUACGAGACCCAAAUAAUUGAA